UUUACUUUGCGUUUUGUUCUGAGUAAAAGGGGUGCCCGCGUACCACCGUGCUCUGCCGUGGGGUUGAGCAGGGCGCAGCGGGGGCCCAAAGCGCGGGCGGAACGUCAGGCGCGGAGCUCGGCGUUCCGGCCGGCGGCGGGGCCGGGCGCACAGUGACACCGCGUGGCCGCUUCUCGCCCGCCCCCGCGGGUGGCUGCCGGGAGCCAAGAUGGAGGCGGCGAACAGAGCGGGGCAGGAGAUCAGCUUGGCGGCCCUCAAGCAGCACGACCCGUAUAUCACCAGUAUCGCCGACGUGACCGGGCAGGUAGCGCUCUACAGCUUCAGCCCGAAGGCUAACGAGUGGGAGAAGACUGACAUAGAAGGUACCUUGUUUGUGUACAAAAGGUCUGCUUCUCCAUACCAUGUUUUUACAAUAGUGAAUCGACUGAACAUGCACAACUUAGUUGAACCAGUGAAUAAAGACUUGGAGUUUCAGCUUCAUGAACCUUUUCUUCUCUACAGAAAUGCUAGCUUGUCAAUUUACAGUAUCUGGUUUUAUGACAAGAAUGACUGUCAUCGAAUAGCAAAACUCAUGGCUAAAGUGGUAGAACAAGAAGCUCAGAGAUCGCAACAAGUUUCUCAGGACAGAAAAAGUCCCAGCAGGACAAAUGGCUGCAGUGAGAACAGGCCUAUUGACAUCCUGGAAAUGCUUAGUAAAGCCAAGGUUGAAUAUGAGCGAAAUCAAAUCAAUGAUUUAAGCAUCAUGUCAAGUUCUGGUGUGCAACAACAUGCAAAUGCCACGAAGCCAGAAAGCACAGAGACUUCAGAACAAAACACUUCAUUACAAGUGCAAGAUCAACCUUUUCAGUCAAGGCCAAAGCAUCUGACUUUAGAAGAACUCUUUGGGACUUCUGUACCAAAGGAACAGCCUUUACCUCUGUAUCCCAAUCCAGAGAGAAUGGAGAAGUUGCAGACUGAUACCUCUGCCAGAGAGCAGCAAAAUUUGCUUUUGCCUUUUUCCUUUGACCAGACAGCAGUAAUACAACCACCACAAGGGAAAUCGGAAAGCCCAAACAUUAAAGCUAGUGCCAAUCCUUUGAGUCAACAGGAAUGUCUAACACCUCUGCUUGUACCUCCAGCCUCAGUUUCCCAGCCUGAUGUUUCAAGCUAUUCAGUUCGUUUAAGCCCUAUACUUAAUUCAUCUUCAACAAUGGAUGCUGCUCCUGCUCAAAUGCUUCCUGGCCUAAAACAAAACAACAGUAUAAUGCAAGUUAUGCAGCAAGCUGCCAAGCAGAUAACCCCACUAGUGAAUCAGCCUUCUGAAGUGAACCAUGCUCCACAGAAUUUAAUGGCUGGCCAGAGCCAGCUUAUAACACCCUUGACAUCAGCAAAUACAGGAACUGUUUCAAAUACAUCCCAUACAAGCGUUGAUCUUCUCCAGAAACUCAGGUUGACCCCACAGCAUGACCAAAUGCAACAGCAGUCUAUCACUAAGACUUCCUUAACGCCAAACAUCUCUGCCUCGAUUGGCCAACUUGCAACACCAGAAAGCUUCAAAGAAUCACACAGUAAAUCAUCAACCUUGAACAGCAAGAAGAUCCCUUCCCUGCAGGCUGUACAACAAAACAAAGAACCAGAAGUAUUUCCGCAGUCCAAGACUUUACCUAAAGCAAGUCAGGUUGCAUCUCCACAGUUUGUUACAGCUACAACUACAGUAACGCCUUCAAUCCUCUUGUCUCCUAGUGUUUUUCAGCAGUCAGCUACAAAACCUAUUGAAGUGGAAAAUAAAGCCAAUUCUUCAUCACCUUUAACUCUUGGAACAACAGAAAUUCAGACAGUACCUCCUACUGUUCUCAGUAGGUCUCAGCUUCAGGAAGCACUGAUACAUCUAAUAAAGAAUGAUUCCCGUUUUCUCAGCACUAUUCAUGAAGUCUACUUGCAAGUCCUAACCAAGAAUACAGACAACAUUAAGCUAUAAUUGAAGCUAAAUCUGCUUAGAAUAUUACCACUUUAGAAAUAAUUAUGCCUCAUCUAUAAAACUAAUAUUUUUUUAAAAGAAUAUUUAGUUUUCAAUGUCUUGAAUUUGAACCCGUUAGGAAAAAGUAUUCCUUAAAUACUUUAAGAAAGUAAUGUUCUCAGAAGUGAUUUAGGUUUUCACUGUGAUCAUCACCAGCAGACCUUUCUUUUUAUUGGGGGAGGGGAUUUAAUUUGCUUAUGAGCUUUCACUUGCAUUUUUGAUCAUGCAGAUGUUUGCUCUGGCUUUUGUUCCUAGCUGUAUUCACCUUUCAAGGAUUACAGACUACAUACUACUUAAACUAGCAUAUAUGUAGUAUAAUACACUACACCACACUAGAACAAGACUUGAUUUUGGAACCUAGUUCCAAUUCUAAGGUGAGAUUUGGAUGCCUUGUGACUAAGGUGGCAGAUGUGGGGAAAAUUUGGGAUUUGGAAGCCAGGCCUUUGUAGCUAAAUCUUUAAACAAAAGCUUUAAGAAUGUGAUUUGCUGAGUACAUUAACAGUCUCUGGCUAAUGCUCAUCAAUUUAUCUUUUAAAUAUUUCAUUAAUCUUAUGGCUUCAUGUCUGACAUAAAACAGAUAUCCAAGUGAGUAAGGCUGUUUUCUCUAGAAGGUGGAAUGAGAAAUAUACAGAAUCUUCAAUGAUUAUAUUAGUUUUAAGCAACAGAAUAGUUCUGUUGUGAGUUGAGGUUCUUUUAGGUUAAGUGUAGGUAGGAGGCCACCACUGGAAGACCACUUUCCUGUUCAGUAGUGUUUGAUAUGACUGAAAUACUUCGUUUCCCUUUUAACUUAAGAAUAGACCAUAUCUUAUUUGGAUUUCAUUCCUCAGUUGUAUUGUAACUGCAGUGUUGAAAACUGUGCAGGUGGGGAACAAUUGCAUGCUCUUCUCUUGGCUACUCUCCAAAUUAUUUGUCUAUACUUCAUGCUCUGAAAUUUAUCUAGUUAACAUGUUACUGCUUUUUGUAUAUUAUUUCGUAGUUCAGCAAUGUAAGAAUUUAAUAUCAUACUUUCUUAUUUGCAAUCAGAAAGAUUUCUAACUAUAUUUUAUUAUGCUGCUGUGUUGGUUUACCCAUGGCUUGUAUUUAUUUUGUCAAAUUAUACAAAGGUAGUUAACAGGACUUCAGGUCUGAACUUUUUCCAGCAAUACUAAUUUUAAAGGAUGCUUUUGCAAUUUAAGAAAAAAAAAAUUUGGUUUAUUACGUAAAAAGUUAGUCUGUAGAGAGUUCUGAUGCACUGCCUUUUUCCCCCUCCCUCAAGCACUAUUUAAAUUGAAGAAAAAAAAUUGUUCAUUUUAAAAAAAAAAAAGUGUGUAUCCUAAGGAUUAGUAGAGGUUAACAUAGUCAACAUACACAGUCAUUUUUGUUGGAAACUAGCAACUGAGCUUUAAUUGCUACUUCUCACAAAUUGGUAUGUUUUAGAUACAAUAGAUACUUACAUUUUUAUGUAUUUGAUCUAUUUUAGUUUUUUCAUAGAUUUUUAGUGGAAAAUAUAUUUUGUUUAGCACUACCUGCCUUUUGGAAAGUUCUUUGCAGCCUUUGAGUUCAGUGUUUCCAGUUAAAAUAUAUAAUAGUUUUGUUAGAAAAUGUGCAGGAUUCAGGGAAUUAUGCUAAUAUCAUGCACAUUCAUCAAGAGAUUUAUUGGCUUUAAUUGUAGCAUUUGAAGUCAGCAAUAUGGACUCUGCGCCUUGCUAAGGAAGAUGGGAACUUCCUACACAAAUUCUGGAGUUAUGAUACUGUGUCUGGGUAUAAACAGUAACACUCAAUUUAGGUAUAAGGUCUCAACUAAUUUAGUGGUUGUUUUAGAAGAACUUUAAUACAGCAAUGUGCAGUUUCUGGGGGGGAGGGGGAGGGGGAGGGGAAUGUGUAGUCAAAGCCAAAUACAGAGCCACUUUUUCAAAGAUGAGGUUCAUAUUUCCCUGGCUUUUACAGACGACUUCCAGUUUCUUUGAAGGAAGAUUUGAUACAUGUUUCUAAGAAUAGAAAUAACUAAUGAUAUUUGUUGCUAGAUACAGUUUUAUCCAAAGAUAUAUAGAAACAAUAGAAGAAAUUGUAUUUUGAGUUCUUAAGUGAUACAGAGUUGAGAAAAGUAAUACUGCUUAGAGCAGCAAUGCUGUUAGGAGUGUUUGACUUCACUCUGACAGCUGAAUAUCCGUGGUUUUGUCGUGCACUAGUAACAGUAUUUUAUCAGUUCACCCAGCUAUGAAAAUGAAUUGGAAGACAAACAAUAAAAUCACUUUUACUACAAGAAAAAUUGUUCAUCUUGAACACUUUCGUGGAUAUUUGCCCUGGCCUCUACAUAUAGCCCACAGACGCUGGAACUAACCCAAGUGUCCUCCAGUACACUCCAGUUAGUCUGUCAUUUGUGAGUAGUGAGAAAUCUCUUCAGAAAUAAGUUACAUUGUAAAACACAAGCUUAACUACAGUGUAGAAUUGAGUUUAUUUGUAAUGUAGACUGUGUUAUUUAAGAACUUUAAUUUCCUGCUUAUCUUAAUUUUUUGCAUAAACCUAAAAUUACCAGCUUGUCGACAUACUUGAUUUGUGUUAGCCGCAUGUAGCGAUAACUGGGGCAUAUAGAAAUGACCAUGGGGUCAUCACAGCAAUUUAUUUUCACCAUUUUCAAGUGUGGAGUUUAUUGGUGGAUCUGCUGGCUUAAUGGGUUUAUAUCUAUUAGUUCUGAGAAGGAAAAGGUUUCUUUAGACUUUAUUCCUCACAUUAAUUGCAUUGUCUAAGCAUGUUUUCUGUUGCUGGCGUUUAAGUCACUUUAAUUUAAAAAUGAAAGAGUUAAGCCUAAUCAAAAACAAAACAUGCAGCUGCUGAUUUAUUCAGGAAAAUCAAAGUCCUCAGUUUUGUAGUUAAACUUGAUCUGCUGGUUAUUUAAUAAUGCAGAGUUUAUAUAAAAGGUGCCUAACAUCUGUUAACUUAGAAGCAGUGUAGCUUUCUAAAUUAAACAAGAUUUGGAGAAUGAUUGAAUAAUGUUUUAAAAAAGCUUAGUUAUUUGUUUUAGUUUCUUAUAUAUGUUUAGCUUUAUGCAUAAAUACUCAAUAUUUAAUCACUUGCUCCUGGAUAUAUCUUGGUUUUGCUCGCAUUUCUGAUUGCUUCAUUUUGGUAAAUUUCUGAAACCCACUAUGCCAUGUAUAGUCACUGAUAACACUUUCUGAAAUAUUUUUAGAAUAAAAUGUUAAUUCGGGCCUUCUUGUUUUUAAAAGUAUUGUAAACAAUUUGUCUACCCUUUUGCCAGCUACUUGUGUUGCUUAUCUUAACAGGAGGAAUGUGUGCAAUAUAUAUCACCUCACUUUUGUCUGGCAAUGUUACACAAAUGUUAAGAUGCAGUAUUUUCCCUUCAAGUUGGAAAAACUGCAGUAUCUUUAAUUUGGUUGUCUAUUUAUAUUUAUCUAGUCAGUGUAUGGGCAUAUGGUUGUUUGGCUUAGUUUGUUUGGGGUUUUUUUGUUUAUUUUUUAAUGUGUUAUGUGCUUUGAGCAAUUCCUGAGUUUUACCACUUCAGUGGGUGCACCAGUUCUAUACCCAUCUGCAUGUUCUGUGAGGAUGGAGACAACGGAGAAGGAGGGCUUCAGGAGAAAUUUCUGGAAACUGGGAAUGAGAGGAAUUUUAAGUCAAUAAGUGAAGAUACUGCUUCAUUAACAUUUUUUGUAUGGAAUGGAUUUUGUAGCACCUAUGUAUGUUUGCAGUUAUUAAGUUAUUGCAUAAAUGUUUAAGAAUGAACAUUUUUCAUCCAAAAUUUUGUAUGUUUGCAAAUAUAUUUUUGUAAUAAAACCUCAAAACAAAUGUUUCAGCACCUCCUAAAAUCUUGUAAUGAUUUAUUUUAUUUCUAGAGUUCAGGGUUAGUAAUUUCCAGACAAGUAAUUCAAACUAAAGUUAAUACGGGGGGUGAAAACAAAUGUUGCUUAUUGACGAAAGAAAUUGUCCUGCUGUAAGGGCAGUUGAGAAUAACGUCUGUCACUUGUAAGAGCUUCUGGCCUUCUUCUGUAUUGCUUGCGUUUGCAAUCUGAUAAACUGACCAAUUCCGGUCACUAUACAGCUGUGAAUGGUUUUAGUGUUUUAUCCCUUUCUGUGGUUUUUAUGCUACCCCCCUCCAAGCUCAUAGACAUGGCACAUGAAACUCAACAAAUCCAGUGCUAAUCUUUGAUCAUAGACUUGGGAAACUGAAGUUGUCAUCUUAUCUGAUUGCUGUCAUGUAACUGUUCUACCCAAAUUUCACACAGUAGAACAGAGGCUGAUAAGGAGAGAGAACAUAGCAGAGCUUCUGUUGAAAAGGUUCUGAAAUUAAAUGACUUUACAGCAAAUUCUCAUAACUAGAUGCUUGCGCCCAUUUUAACUACCCAAAAGAAUUGGAGAUUGUGAGGCAUACCCCCAUGUCGGGAGAGGUCACUAAGGAAGAGUGUUGCUCUGCUAGUUCAUGCUGAACUGGCUUCUGUACUUCAGACAGAAGCAUCAUAUAAAAUAAAUAUGGAAGUUGUGCAUUUUCUUUACGGUAAUGGAGGAAAAGGUGGAAACGGCCUGAAAUCCGGCAUUAACUUGUGUGAGGUAUUUUGGUCAGUAUUGAGGAAGUGCUUUUUGAUGGUGGUGCUGAUAAACUGUCUUCUCUGGAUCUAGGUGUUACUGGUUACUGUUAUCCUUCCAAAGUGCUCCCCUUUGGUUGAGGAAAUAAAGGUAAUACUUCUGGUUUGCUUUGUUUAACUACAGAUAAACUGAACAGCUCAUGUUCAUGGGCCAAAUUAAUUGGAGUCACAUAUUUGGUAAGGAUUCAGCUCUACUUCGUUCUCAAUACACUGAAUAACAAAAUGGGCUUAGUGACAAAUCAUUUUUAGAGAAUAGGAAACCUGUCAUCAUUCAUACAACUUAAGUAUUUAUGACCAGGAUGCAGUCAAAUCAGUAAAUAUAGUUUUUAAUACAGAUACUUAUCUCUUUAAACUUCAAUAACUUGAUGUGAAGUUUGAAAGAUUAGGAAGUAGAACAGUAUAACAGCUGGUAUGUUUAACAGUUUUUUUCCUCUCUUUUCACACAACCUGUAAUGAGAAUCAGAUUUUUUCACUUUUAUUCACUUCUACCAACUUUAUGAGGAGUGGGCUUCAAUUUAGCAGAUGUACCAAUUUCAGACGGUUAAACUGCAGUGGUAGGUAACUGAAACAUUGCUAUUAGGUGUUAAGUUUGUCCUUUUUAGGUAACAACAACGAAGUCACUCUUAGAAUACUUCUAAAUAGGCUCAAAAAGCAUUGUGAAAGAGAGCAGUUACUGUGUUUCUGAAAGACUGCUUUGCUGUACAGUGAGAACCAGUGAGUACCCUGAGAAGUGAACAUCCUAGGAGAGGAACAGCAAAAGCAUGCAAGUAAAUCUGAAAGAAAAUAUUGUAGAGGGAUAAGUACAGCCUUGUGAAGAUGUGUCCUAACGCACAGAACAACAUAUUCACAUUUUUUAUAUGUACUGCUCUUAGAUAUCUUAAGGUAUUUCCAAAAUGUAACGGAGUCUUGCCUUUCAGAACCACAAAUAUUUCAGGAUGUAUUCAUAAACAGACCAUCAUUCUUGGUACAGCAAUACAUAAUUUGCUAUAUCUGUGGUUUUUAAUCUUUAGGUAUCUAGAAGCAGCAUAAUGGAGUUGCCUGACUCAAAGCAGAAGGUAGUUUGUGGUUUUGCUUUCUGCCCUAAAUAACAUCUCAAAAUCUGCUGCUUAGAACAUGACUGCUCAUACCUCACUGCCUUUCUUUGGUCAGUUCAAAUAAACCUUUAAAAAAUAUUUCUUCCGUAAGCUAUUAUUUAAAAUUCAAGAAGCACUAUUUUCAAAAUAAACUUUGGGAAGUAUAACCACAAAGGGGUAAGCUUCCUUUAUAUGCAGACUAAAGAAUGCACUUGCCCUUGGGCCUCACUUAGAAGAUGCAGGUAUGUGAUGUAAAUGCACAAGUCUGUUUCUUUUCUCCUCAUAAAUAAGUCAAGAAGCUUUGAGAGUAGCAACAGUCAAGAUCUCCCGGACUGUCUUAUGUAUGCAGAGCUCUAUAUGGUCUUAAUUUAGAGAGCAUAUGGGUUGCACAUCCUGCUUUACUACUUGUGGUUCAUAAGAGGGAUGGGAAAGGCUUAGCAGGUUAUCCACCUGGCUUUUUCAUGCGGACUGAGGUUUGUAAGUAAUGCUAAUUGUCUUCUCUACUGCAUCAAGUUAGCUUCUGCUCUCUAGAGAUGCAGUUUUCCCAUGCAGCAAGUGUUGUGAAGGAAUACUCUGAUGCUCUAAAUUUACUACAAGAAUUGAGGUAGAAGGUAGAGCUUACAGGAUUCAGAUUUAUAGAGAAUAUGAGGGUGGGGGGUUACAGCAAGCCCUGCUCCUGGAUCUUCAAGAUGAAAGGCAUGGGUUAUCUAUUCUAAGUAGAGAAGGAAAACCUGCCACAAUAGAAACCCUUAGGGAAUGCUAAAAAUCUCAGUUAAAAGCUCAUGCAGAACUUUUAAUAAGGAGUUAGAAAUGAACAUAGCUCAGUAUUCUGCAGAUAUGCAGCUGUGAGAACAAAACUGGUAAUGUAAGAUAUGAAAAUUGUGUAGAUGGCACGUUGCAUAGUGACUGAGCCUGG